CAUUUUCAGUGCACAGAGUGACGUGUCUUAGUUACGUCCGGACGUCGUACAGAGAUGUUAUUAUUUCUAUGUUAGACAAAGCCAUUUUACUCUAAUCAAAAUGCAAUUAACAUUGUAACAACCUUGCGGAAAUGGGCAAUAUAUUGUGCUCAUGCACAAAGCCUAAUGCAGAAGAAAAAUCGGAGAGUAUCCGGUCGGGAAAUCGUAGACGAUUAUCCAAAAGAUUAAAAGCGCGUUUUUUCGGUGGUAAGAGGGAUGCCACAGUUGACGUCGAACAAACAUCUACAAAUGUUGAUGAUCUGGUGGAAGAAAACGCAGGAGAUUCUGUAGAUGAUGUUCCAAAUAAUCACAAGUUCAUUGUGACCUCACACGCCUAUACAAUUGCUGCUUUGCCAAGCGACCAAUUUACAACGUCAAAUCAAACAAGCUUUACGACCGUCUGUAAAACUGUCCCGACUAAAGAUGUAAUUGUAGAGUCUGUCCAUGCCAGACCUUCGUCUGGUUUCACAAGGGAAAACAUCACUCAUGCAAUCUCUGUAUUGGCCAAUAGUACAACAGACGUUUCUUUAAAAACAACUGAAACAGAGAAUGAUACUCAAGUGGGAACCAAAUCCGCACCCGUCUCCGCUACUAUUUUGAAAUCAAGACCGGUCCCAGUUUUAAAUUCGACAAAGGUUAAAAGAUCUUUACCGGUUUCCAUAAAGAAUGAGAAAGACAAACCAUUCACUGAAUUAACGACGACUGCCGAAACCACCAAAACCUCACCAGUCUCCACAACGACCGAGGAAGACAUAACAAUAAAAGACUUAACUCCGAUUGCAGGAACGACUACUAUUGAGAAAACCAGAGCGGUACCAGUAGUUAUCACGGCUGUUGAGACCAAAACCUCACCAGUCUCAACAACGACUGAGAAAGACAGAAGAGCGGUUCCAGUCUUAACUACAGCUAUGGACACCAAACCCUCACCAGUCAAAACAGUGACUGAGAAAGGCAGAAUGGUACAAGUCUUGACAACGGCUAUGGAUACUAAACCUUCACCAGUCUCCACAACGGUUGCGAAAGCCAGAGCGGUACCAGUCUUAACUACGACUGCGGAAACCAAACCCUCACCAGUCUCAACAACGAUUGAAAAAGGCAGAGUGAUACCAGACUUAACUAUGACUGUGGAGACCAAACCCUCACCAGUCUCCACAACGAAUGAGAAAGGCAGACCGGUACCAGUCUUAACUACGACUGCGGAAACCAAACCCUCACCAAUCUCAACAACGAUUGAGAAAGACAGAGCGAUACCAGUCUUAACUACGACUGUGGAGACCAAAACCUCAAUAGUCUCCACAACCACUGAGAAAGGCAGAGUGAUACCAGACUUAACUACCACAGAGACCAAAACCUCACCAGUCUCCACAACGACUGAGAAAGCCAGAGUGAUACCAGACUUAACUUCCACAGUGAGGACCAAACCCUCAACAGUCUCCACAGCGACUGAGAAAGCCAGAGCGAUACCAGACUUAACUACCACAGAGACCAAAACCUCAAUAGUCUCCACAACCACUGAGAAAGCCAGAGUGAUACCAGACUUAACUACCACAGUGAGGACCAAACCCUCAACAGUCUCCACAGCGACUGAGAAAGCCAGAGUGAUGCCAGACUUAACUACCACAGAGACCAAAACCUCACCAGUCUUCACAGCGACUGAGAAAGCCAGAGUGAUACCAGACUUAACUACCACAGUGAGGACCAAAACCUCAACAGUCUCCACAGCAACUGAGAAAGCCAGAGCGAUAGCAGACUUAACUACCACAGAGACCAAAACCUCAAUAGUCUCCACAACCACUGAGAAAGCCAGAGUGAUACCAGACUUAACUACCACAGUGGAGACCAAAACCUCAACAUUCUCCACAGCGACUGAGAAAGCCAGAGUGAUGCCAGACUUAACUACCACAGAGACCAAACCCUCACCAGUCUUCACAGCGACUGAGAAAGCCAGAGUGAUACCAGACUUAACUACCAUAGUGAGGACCAAAACCUCACCAGUCUUCACAGCGACUGAGAAAGCCCGAGUGAUGCCAGACGUAACUACCACAGUGGAGACCAAAACCUCAACAGUCUCCACAGCGACUGAGAAAGCCAGAGUGAUGCAAGACUUAACUACCACAGAGACCAAAACCUCACCAGUCUUCACAGCGACUGAGAAAGCCAGAGUGAUACCAGACUUAACUACCACAGUGGAGACCAAAACCUCAACAGUCUCCACAGCGACUGAGAAAGCCAGAGCAAUACCAGACUUAACUACCAUAGUGAGGACCAAAACUUCAACAAUCUCCACAGCGACUGAGAAAGCCAGAGUGAUACCAGACUUAACUACCAUAGUGAGGACCAAAACCUCACCAGUCUCCACAGUGACUGAGAAAGCCAGAGUGAUACCAGACUUAACUACCAUAGUGAGGACCAAAACCUCACCAGUCUCCACAACGACUGAGAAAGCCAGAGUGAUACCAGACUUAACUACCACAGUGGAGACCAAAACCUCACCAGUCUCCACAACGACUGAGAAAGCCAGAGUGAUACCAAACUUAACUACCACAGUGGAGACCAAAACCUCACCAGUCUCCACAGCGACUGAGAAAGCCAGAGUGAUACCAGACUUAACUACCACAGAGACCAAAACCUCACCAGUCUCCACAACGACUGAGAAAGCCAGAGUGAUACCAGACUUAACUACCACAGUGGAGACCAAAACCUCACCAGUCUCCACAACGACUGAGAAAGCCAGAGUGAUACCAGACUUAACUACCACAGUGGAGACCAAAACCUCACCAGUUUUCACAACGACUGCGAAUGGCGGAGCGGUACCAGUCUUCACAACGACUGUGGAGACCAAAUCCACACCAGUCUUUACAAUGACUGAGAAAGGCAGAGCGGUACCAGUCUUAGCUUCCACAGUUGAGACCAAACCCUUACCAGUCUCAUCAACGACUGAGAAAGUCAGAGCGGUACCAGUCUUAACUACGACUGUGGAAACCAAACCCUCACCAGUCUCCAAAAUGACUGAGAACGGCAGAGCGGUACCGGUCUUAACUACGACUGUGGUGACCAAACCCUCACCAGUCUCCACAAUGACUGAGAAAGGCAGAGCGGUACCAGUCUUAACCGCAACUGUGGAAACCAAACCCUCACCAGUCUCCACAACCACUGGAAAAGGCAGAGCGUUACCACUCUUAACUACAACUGCUGAAACCAAACCCUCACCAGUCUCCACAUUGACUGAUAAAGGAAGAGCGGCACCAGUCUUAACCGCAACUGUGGAAACCGAACCCUCAGCAGUCUCAACAACUACUGGGAAAGGCAGAGUGGUACCACUCUUAACUACGACUGUUGAAACCAAGCCCUCAUCAGUCUUCACAACGACUGAGAAAGGCAGAGCGGUACCAGUCUUAACUACGACUAUGGUCACCAAACCCUCACCAAUCUCCACAACGACCGAGAAAGACAGAGCGGUACCAGUCUCAACUACGACUAUUGACACCAAACCCUCACCAGUCUCCACAACGACUGAGAAAGGCAUAGUGGUACCGGUCUUAACUACGACUAUUGACACCAAACCCUCACCAGUCUCCACAAUGACUGAGAAAGGCAGAGUGGUACCAGUCUUAACUACGACUGUGGUAACCAAACCAUCACCCGCACCAGCUACUUUCGAGAAAGCAAAAGCGGUAUCAGUCUUACAUACGACUGUGGAGUCCAAAACAUCACCAAUCCCCACAACGACUGAGAAAGCCAGAGCGGUACCAGUCUUAACUACGACUAUUGACACAAAACCCUCACCAGUCUCCACAAUGACUGAGAAAGGCAGAGUGGUACCAGUCUUAAUUACGACAGUGGAAACCAAAACCUCACAAGUCUCCACAACCACUGAGAAAGGCAGAGUGGUACCAGUCUUAACUACGACAGUGGAAACCAAAACCUCAUCAGUCUCCACAACCACCGAGAAAGGCAGAGCGGUACCAGUCUCAACCACGACUAUUGAGAACAAACCGACACCAGUCAGAACGACUGAGAAAGGCAGAGUGGUACCAGUCUUAACUACGACUACGGAAACCAAACCUUCACAAGCCUCUACAACGACCGUGAAAGCCAGAGCGGUUCCAGUCUCAACUUCGACUGGGGUAACUAAAGUUGUUCAAGUCUCCACUAUAACACUAGGAACCACAAAAGACCAAGUCACAAGUACAACUGAGAGAACCAGAACAGUGCCUGUCUUAUCUACAGCUGAAAAAGCUGUGAAAGUACGAGCACCUACUGCGACUGAAGCAACCACAUCUACAGCGUUUAAGACAAUCGGAGCAUUGCAAGUAUCUACGAUGGAGGAAAGCAGACCGUUAUCAGUCUUAAACACGACUGAGAAAACCAGAACAUUGCCGCUCUUGUCUGACAAAGCCACAUUAAAGGAAACCGCUAGUAACAAAAAAGUAUCAUCUCAGAAAGAAAAUAUCUCAAAAGAGGUGCUAGCUGCAUCAAUAACCGAAGACAAAAGCAAAAUAAGCAGCAAUGAAACGACAGAUGAUGUUUGCAAAAACAGUUCAAAAGAUUCUAGCAUGAGCAAAGAAAAUCUUAGCAAACUAGCUUUGCUUUCCACUGCAACGAAAUCAUCAGAGGAUCCUUAUGAACCUUUCAGAAAACUUGCAAAAGCUUUAGAAGCUGCAAAGUUGUCAAGACGAGCCGCUAGCCAGUCAGAAGAAAAUGCUGAAAAUUCAUCAACAAUUGUAAAAUAUUUAUCUCCAGCCUCGUCUUUGUCGGUAAUACAAACGACAAAAACAUCGGAUUUACAAGGAUUCAGUCAAGCUACUAAAAGCGCAGACCAAGUUCAGAUGCCAGAAUGUAGCAGAGAAAGCUCAAGUAUAGAAAUCAGCAAAUCACAAAGUUUGCCUACCGUUUCUACCAGAGAAAUGAGAAAAGUUAGUGACUUCGCUGUACCAACAGGUAAACCAGCUUCACCUAUGAAACCACUGAAAUUAAAACCUGAUCCAAAGCAUAUGUUUGCUAUACCUUCCAUUGCGAGAGCAGAUAUUCAAGACGAAUCACAGAUCAACUGGACCCAGAGAGGCUCAAACAGUAAGAAAGCACAGAUGCCAUGGAUGUCACAAAGACCAAAAUUUGACGUGGGAUUCCCGGAACUCGGGCAAUCACUUCUGGCACGGAUGGGGUCAGUCAACCGUAUUAUAGCCAACCGCUGUGUACCCUUGCCAAAAAAUAUAGAAAACCUGAAAUUGGAGUUCUGUAGGUUUCCUGGACGCAGAUUAAGAAAAAGGGAUACAAUUAAAUAUCCAAGAAUAUUUCACCUUACCCCGCCGCAAACCAGUCUCGUGGAAGACGAUAAUUCUGCAAAACCAGAUGAUGACAGAAAAAGCUAAACCCACCUGUAUCUACGAUCAGAUCUUCAUUAAUCAUCCUAUAUGUUGAUUUGAAAUGACGGUGUGAAUAGGGACAAUAUCACGAUGCCGAAAUUAUGUUGUAUAAAUAUCAAAUAUGCUUUGAAAAGACAAAGUAAUGUAAGUGAUUACAAUGUAUCAGCGCACCAUAAACAUAAAACAAAAUGAUUAUUGCGUGCCAUGUAAAAAUUGAAAAAAUAAUAGAAGUAUAAAUAUAAUCAUGAUACAAAGAGACAAA